CUAGCCCCUGCCCUGGGGUGGGGGAGACUGCGCCCCGCGACGACGCGGUGGGGGGUGCCCUGUUUCCUGGCUUCUGACGUCUGCCCCUUCCCCCCUGUCCCCCGCAGCCAAGCAGAGGCCCCGGUGCGGGAGGAGAAGCUGUCAGUGAGCACCUCGGGCUUGCCGUGCUGGAUGGUGGAGGAGUUCGUGGUGGCAGAAGAGUGUACUCCGUGUUCUACUUUCCAGGCUAAAACCACCCCUGAAUGUGGCUCCACAGGGUAUGUGGAGAAAAUCACAUGCAGCUUAUCUAAGAGGAAUGGGUUCAAAAGCUGUCGCUCGGCGCUGAUGGAACAACACUUAUUCUGGAAAUUUGAAGGGACUGUCAUCGGUGUAGCCUUGGUCUUCGCUUGCCUUGUCAUCAUUCGUCAGCGACAACUGGACAGAAGGGCCCUGGAAAAGGUCCGGAAGCAAAUCGAAUCCAUAUAGCUACCUUCUACCCUUGUAUAUGGGUCUUAAAGACCCUGCCUCCGACAGAGAAAAUAGAAUGGACUUAUUUGUGCCCCUAGUAUUUUGGGGAGUGGGAGGAACAAACAAACAAAACCCCUUCCAUCUUCCUCGUCUAGAUCAUCAAUGAGCAGAAUAAAAAGAGUAAAAUAGUUUCCUUCUCUAUUGUGAUUUGGUUUGGGGCAGGAAGAUAUGAAGCAGAGAGGGAACUGGGGUGGCAACUUUAGGCCCCACUUUAUCAAGUACCUAUCUUCCCCCCCUUCUACUACUUAUUUAAAACUGGAAUAAAAUUUCAGCAAAAAAA